AUGGCAUCUCGUGAGGAGUAUCCCGAAGGACGAGCACCUGACUGCUUGGUCUGGGAAAUCGUGAAGGACAACCAUGCCCACCUCCACCACGCUGUGCACAGGCGUUUCUCGAAGGAGCGCUUCAACAUCACGGGGAUGAACACACCCAAGUUCUCAGGCCUCCUCCAGAAGAACGCAGUCGACCUCGGCCUAUCGCCUUCUGGCGCCAAGAUUUUCAUCCACUACGCCCAUGCCGCUCGUAGCGUCCGCCCUGGUUCUAGCACCCGUGUCAUGAAGCUCAGCAAGAGCAUGUCGCACGCCGACCGCCUGCGCGACUUUGUUGACCCCUCCAGAUACGAGAUCAUGCCAGCCUUGGUGGCGAAGUUGGAGAAGCUCACCCACACUAGGCACGACGAGAGGUCGGAUUAA